AUGAUCAACUUGCUUCACUCUAAUCAACAAUUACAACAAGCAGCAGGUGGCUCGGGCCUUGUGGUGAUAGAUAUUUACCGAGAAUCAGAAUGCAAACACAUGUCUUCAUUUUAUAAGAAACUACCAAAGAAAUUCCCCAAAGUUGCAUUCUUCCGUAUCGAUGUUAAAUCAUUCUCUGGAUUUGAUAAUUUUGCAAUUGCAGCACAAAUCUCAACCAUCCCUACAAUCUUGGUGUAUUGUAAUGGUCAAAAUUUAGUUAAAACUGGAGUGAGUUCUCCACAAUUGGUGGAGUUAUUAAUUGAACAUUGUCACGAAGAAUACCUGAAAUCAAUUUCAUGUUCUUCAUCAACUUUAUAUUCUCCAGCUUCCUUGUCUUUAACUUCAUCUCCAUCCUACACUCAUUUGGACAAUUUAUUUUAA